CCACUACUCUCCUCUCCUAUCAUAAUCUCGCCUACCCCGGCCGGCCCUUUGACUUCCUCUGCCUCCCUUCCUGCAUAGAACACCACAAGCUCCCAUCGCCGGAGCUUCCUUGCAUCGAUCGAUGAACAAGACCAAGGUGCACCCCAACGUCGCAGCUGCUUCUCCGGCGGUACCAGCGGCGGCGGGGGAGAAGGGAGAGGCGGUGUCGCUCACCGUGUGGCGGCGGUCGCUGCUGUUCAACGGCAAGGGGUUCACGGUGUUCGACACCAACGGCAACCUCGUCUUCCGCGUCGAGACCUACGCCCGCGGCGGCUCGCCCCGCGAGGUCGUCCUCAUGGACGCCGAGGGCGUCGCCCUCCUCACCGUCCGCCGCAAGAAGCUGAGUCUGGCGGAGGAGUGGCUCGUCUACGACGGCGACGGCGACGAGCCGGCGCCAAGGCGGUUCACGGCGCGGCGGAACAGGAGCCUGCUCCGGACCAAGUCCCUCGCUCGCCUGUCGCCGCCGCGAUCGUUGGACGGCACUGGGGAUGUGCCUGGCUGCCGGUACGAUGUGGAGGGCUCGUACGCCGGCCGCAGCCUCGACAUGUUCGCCUGCACUUCCUCCGCCUCCGGCGGCAAUCAGCGGCGGCGCGUGGCCUCGGUGUGCCGGAAGGAAGCCGCCGUCGGCCUGGACGUGUUCAGGCUGGUGGUGGAGCCAGACUUGGAGCCGGCGCUGGCCAUGGCCGUGGUCAUUCUCCUCGAUCAGAUGAACGCGUCCUGAAGCCUGGACCCAUUCCAGGCAUAAACCAUGCAUGCAUGCUUGCAGGCUGCUGUGCCAAGGCUGCUGCCGUGUACAGAGUUCCCGAGGAUUCCUGAAUGAAACAGAAAACAGAAAAAGAGAGGGUAGCUCGGAAGCAAUUUGUGGUUGCUUCAUUCGUUGCUCAAUGCACCCAUUUUUUUGCUUCACGUACGGUUCUUUGUUGCCUCCUGAGCCAAAGGAGAUGACCGGCCGGCUGAAGCAUUUCUACUUAGUGGUGCCAUGCAUGUUGUGAUGUUUUGUAUUCAGAUCAGAGGAUGUAGGGGCUCGAGAUCACAUUUAGAGGUGUUUUACAUCGUCCCAUCUUUUUGUUGGUAAAUGUUUAGAGGUGUGGGCAUAUAUGAACUCGUAAAUGCAACCCUUUUUGUUUC